AUCGCUUGGUAUCGGGAGACGAAUAGAACACCAGAACCGGCGAAAGAGACGACUUCGGAGCACGCACUUUGAGUGGGAUUUUACGCAGACAGCUAACUAAGGCCGGGAACAGCCGAAGUACUCCGCGCCGUGCCUCUACGAGCCUUAAACGAUUUCGCUUAUACAACGAGCACCAACGCUCCCGCUGAAGAGAAGCGCUUUCUCCCACCCGUGCUUCGCUGCUGCUCGCACUUUACGCCAAAAUGGCCAGCCAACACCUGGCUAAUCUGUCCUACGCGUGGGAGACGUACAUCGAAUCCAGGACGCACGGAGCCGAUCCACAGGUCAAUCUGCAGCAUCUGGAGCAUUUCCUGGGCCUCUUCCACGCCGCCCGACACCUCCAGAGCCUGGAAAACGGGGAUGACGUGAAAUUCUGCUCGGACAUGAGUGGUGCCAGUAACACCCUGGCCCGAGAGUUCCUGACAGAUGUGCACCAGCUGUGCAGCACAGUGGCCCAGCGGGCGGAGGAGGAGGAGGAGGAGGAGAGUCACAUGGCGGCGCUCGGGGAGUACCUGGUCAGGGGGCGGGGUUUCCUCCUGCUCAGCACCCUGGAGUCCGUUAUCGACCAGGAGGUGACCUGCAGGGAGGAGCUGCUGACGCUGCUGCUGUCCCUGCUUCCGCUGGUGUGGAGGAUCCCUGUCCAGGAGGAGAAGACCCGCGAUUUCACCCUUCCCUCCCUCGUGGAUGUUUUGGUCAGCCGGGAGGGAAAGGCCAGUCCUCUGAGAGCGGGACAGGAGAGGGACGGCUCAGACACUCAGGAUUCGGGGAGGCGCUCCUGUGGCAGCUGGAAGGCGCGGCGGCAGCGGCGGGCCGCCCAGCGCUACUCCGUCAGAGAUGCUCGCAAGUCCCAGCUGUCCAGCUCAGACUCCGACGCUGAAUCAGAAGACAAGUCCGCCGGCCCGGGGUCAAAACACCGGCGGGCCCACGGUGUGAGCCUGCAGGCCGGCGGCCAGAACCAGCAGCCGGAGGUCCCACUGCCUGCGCAGCCGCCCGCCGCGGACGCCAUGAGCGCCCUGGAGAAAGCCGAGCGCCACCCGCGGCUCUUCAGCUCCCGGGUCACGGACUCUGAGGCGCCGACGGACCCCGCCGCCCUUUCCGUCUUCAUCCGCGCUGACAACUCGCCCUUCGACCUGUGCCGGGUCCUGCUGUCCCUGCUGGAGAAGGUCUGCAAGUUCGACACGUCGCUCAACCACAACCCGGCGCUGGCCGUCAGCGUGGUCCCCACGCUCACGGACAUGCUGACGGAGUUCGGGGACUGCUGCGGGCCCGGCGGGGGCGGGGCCGGGGGCGGGGCCGACCUGGCCGGGGGGUGGACCGAGGAGCCCAUCGCCCUGGUCCAGAGGAUGCUUCUGCGCACCGUCCUGCACCUCAUGUCGCUGGGUGCGGGUCAGGGGGAGGCCCCGCCCGACCGCCUGCGCCAGAACCUGACAGACUUGCUGCGGGCCACCCUGAAGAUCCGCGCCUGCCUGGAACGGCAGGCCGACCCCUUCGCCCCACGCCCCAAGAGGACCCUUCAGGAGGUCCUGGAGGACUUCUCUUUCUCCCGGUACCGGCACCGGGCCAUGCUGCUGCCGGACCUGCUGGAGGGCGUGUUGCAGAUCCUGCUGAGCUGCCUCCAGUCCUCCGCCGCCAACCCCUUCUUCUUCAGCCAGGCGGUGGAGCUGCUCCAUGAGUUCGUGCGGCACAGAGGCCUGGAGCUUUUGGAGGCCGGGGUGCUGCGGCUGGAGGCUCUGGGCUGCCGGGACCCAGCGGUGAGCGGCGAGGCUGCGGACCGAGCCCGGGAGCUAGUGGGGGGCGUGACGCGCAUCGUCAGCGCCGUCAAGAAAGUCAAGGCCGAGCAGCUGCACCAGUCGGUCUGCGCGAGGCGCCGGCACCGCCGCUGCCAGUACUCCCACUUCCUGCACCACCACCGCGACCUCUCGGGGCUCCCUGCGUCCGCCUUCCGGCAGGCCGCCCCCCGCGGCCCCUUCGAGGAGGAGGAGGGUGAGGAGGACGCGGCUAAGGGCACGGAGGCGGCCUACCCCGAGCGCUGCUGCUGCCUGGCCGCCUUCGCCCACCAGUGCCUCCGCCUCCUGGAGCGGCUCCCGCCCGGGGGCUCCACCUCCCUGCAGGUCCUGGCCGGGCUGCAAGCGGUGGGCGUGUGCUGCUGCAUGGACCCCCGCUCGGUGGUGGGGCCGCUGCUGCACGCCUUCCGCGCCCCGGGCCUGCGCAGCUACCAGGCCCACGUCCUGGCCAUCCUCGGCCGGCUGCUGCUGGAGCAGCUGGGCGGGGGGCGGCUGUCCGAGAGGGCCAGGCAGGCCUCCUGUAACAUCUGUGAGGCGGACGGCGGCCAUCUUCCCCGCCCGGACGACGACGCCCCCGCGGGCGACGGCGACCCCGUCCCCGCCUCCUCCUCCCCGAGCCCGUCCUGCCGCCCGCAGGGCAUCCUGCCGAACCGGGGCGCGGAGGACGCCCUCUUGAAGUGGGCCGCCCUGGAGGCCUACCGGGACCUGGCGUUCGGCGAGGACCGGCAGCUGAGCCUGCAGAUCGCGGGGCACGUGUGCCACCUCGCCCUCCGGGGCAACGCGGCGGUGCAGUGGCAGCUCUACACCCGCAUCUUCAGCCCCGCGCUGCAGAGGGGCGUGGAGCUGGCACACCGCGCCCACGAGGCGGCCGUCUCCUCCGCCUCAGCUCCGGCCUGCAGCUCCGGCGGCCAGUCCCUGCCUGUCGAGGUGCUGCAGGUCUACCUGCAGGCACUGCCCGCGCUCCUCAAGUCCAGACUGAUCCGGGACCUGCUGCUGAGCUCCAACGGUCUGAACCAGGUGAUAGAGCUGCUGUACCUGGACCAGGUGCGCUCGCCCGCGCUGAGGGUGUUCGAGACGCUAAUCCUGACCCUGGAGGCAGAGAAGGACGGCGCGCAGGAGCAGGGGGGCGAGGAGCGGGAGGCGGAGCCGGAGCUGUGGGCGCGCGGCAGUGGCGACGGCCCGCAGAGCCUCAGCAAGUUCUACGAGGGCCUGCGGGUGGCCUGCCCCCGGCAGAGAGGAAAGGGAGGGGCGUCCCACAGCGCGGGCGGGGCGCACCUCAACGCCAUCAACCUCUUCCUGUGCGUGGCCUUCCUCAGCGUGAGCAAGGAGGCCGACUCGGACCGCGACUCGGCCAACGACUCGGAGGACACCUCGGGCUACGACAGCACGGCCAGCGAGCCGCCGGGCGCCCGGCCGCCCCGCCCUCCGGCGGACGGCGUGGCGGCGCCCCCGCGGGAGCAGGCGCGGCGGGCGGCGGACGUGUGGUCGGCGUGCCGCCGCCUCUGCCUCUCCAGCGCCGCGUUCCAGCGGCAGCUCCACAGGCUGGGCGGCCUGGAGGUCUGCUCCCGCCUGGCCACCAUGGUCAUCCAGAAGCUGGCCUUCAGCACCAGGGGUGGCGAAGCCGGGAAGAAGGGCGAGGCCGAGGGCGGGACCGGUCUGCCCCGCCAGGGCUCCUCUGGCCCCGCCCCAGACAAGCUGCGGGGUGGGCCUCUUCUUUCCGAGUGGCAGGCCAGAAGAUCCACGCAUGACCUCACCCCUGUUUCUCGUUUGGGGCCAGGUACGGAUGAGCAUGAGAGUAGCGCGAGAAAACCCUUUUUUGCUUUUGAGAGGAGUCGUGCCUGCGGAGGUGUUGGAAGUCCGGAGGUGUCGCUCCCCGCGGCGAGGGGGAAGGAGACAGAUUUGUCAUCCCUCAGCCCAGCUCCUGACACCUCUGAUGCCAGCGUGAAUGGCACUGCUGGCUGGCAAAGAGGAGCUGGCGAUGAGCGGAAUGCGAAGGUUCGCCCGAAACGGGCACGGGUCUGUAAGGACGCUGUGGGCUCCUGUGACGCCUGUCCUUUCUCUCCGCAGCAGAAGCUGCACUCCAGCGGUGAGGCGGGGCCUCUGGCGGAGAACUCCUCGCAGGACGCGGACGAGCCCGAGGACUGUGUUCUGCGGCUCCCGGGGGAGGAGGGCUACGAGGCCGACAGCGAGAGCAAUCUGGAGGGGGCCGCCAGCCGCGAGGAAGGCGCCGAAGCGGAGGCGGACCCCUCGGGCGAACGAGCGUUUGGGGCGGAGGCGGAGGGCCCCGGCCGCCGCGUGCUGCAGUACCCUGAGAUCUGCAGCAUGGAGCUGCUGCUGCUGUCGUCGGGGGCCCCCGACCCCGAAGUGCUGGCCCACGUCUUCCGCAGCCUUCUGGAGGCGGUCCGCGACAACCCCCGCAACGCCACGCUGCUAUACCAGCAGGGCACAGUGAAGACCAUUUUGGGAGGGUUUCGGACCAUCCUCAGCCAAUCGGACUCCUCCUCGGAAGCGUGCCAGGCUGUGCUGGUGGAGCUGCUGGUUGCCAUGGUGAGCGUUCGCAUCACGGCCGAGGAGCUGGCCCUGCUCGUCCAGCUGUUUCUGGAGAAGACGCCACCGACGGAGAUUCUGCUGAACGGGAUGCUCCGGAUCGUUGAGGCCAACAUGGACAUGGAGCCGCUGCAGUUCCUGUCUUUCCCCCUGAUGCCUAGCGCCUCCAGCCCCAGCGGGCUCUCUCCGGGGCCCAGGCAGAACAGGCCGGCGGGGGGCAAGGCCUCGGGGACGCCGUGGAGGGGCAAACUCUCCCCCGGGCGGAGAGAGGCGGACGGAGAGGGGCCCGGCCACCAGCUGACCUCUUCCUGGCUGGUAGCGCCCAUACACCUUCCCCUGGUGGGGCAGAACUGCUGGCCGCACAUGGCAGACGGAUUCAGCACCUCACUCUGGCUGAGGGCCCAGGUCAGCACUGAAGAGGAGAGCCCCGUCGACAAGGGCAAGAGGCAGAAGAGGAGGUCGGGAGUCCUUCGGGACAGCAGCGUGGACAGUAUAGGUACAGCAGCACCUCUCACGCAUGAUUCCCAGGGUGGCAGCCUGCACAUCAUCUCCAUGGGCUCCAAGGCCCUGAUGCUGCAGGUGUGGGCGGACCUCAGCACUGGAGCCUUCACGUUCAGGAUUUGUGUCGACCCGAACGACGACGUGAAGGCGGGCCUGCUGGCCCAGGCCGAGUCCCCGAAGGGCCUGCUGCAGCCGGGGCGGUGGCAGCACCUGGCGUUCACUUACACCCAGCAGCCCGAGGGCAAGAAGCACGUCCACGGCAAGCUGGCGCUCUGGGUGUGUGGCGUGAGGAAGUGCGAGGUCUCUCUGGACUACACCCCUCCCAGGAGGUCCAGCCUCUCGGCAGACAGCAACAGGACCGUCUGCAUGCUGGGCCAUUGCGCGUACUCGCUGGAGGAGCUGAGCAGGCUGGGGGGUUGCUGGGACAUCGGCAGCCUGCUCCUCUUCAACGGCUCCAGGAUCGGCCCGGAGGAGGCCUUCUACCUGUACGCCAGCGGGCCGGACUUCACCUCCAUCAUGCCCUGCAAGUACGGCAAGCCCGGUGACAACUUCUCGAAGUACGUGACACGGGAGGGGUUGCAGUGCGACCAGGUGCGGGAGCUGCUCAUGAAGAACAAGGAGGUGGACACUGGACCCCUUAUAGAGAGCCUGGCCGUGGUGUACGCCCCCAGCUGCCCGGGCCAGUACACCAUCUAUGAGCCCAUCAUACGCCUGAAGGGGCAGACCAAGAUGGUGGCCACCCAGAGGCCCUUUAGCUCCAAGGAGGUGCAGAGCGCCGCGCUGGAGCCGCAGUCCCUGAGAGCCCUGCGCCCCGCCGAGCCGCAGGGGCUGCAGAGCGUCCUCCACAAAAUCGGGGGGACGGGCACCUUCGUCUUCCUCUUCGCCAGGGCUGUGGAGCUCAGCGACUGCGAGAGGACCCAGGCCCUGGCCCUGCGGGUGCUGCUGUCACUGGUCAAGUACAACCAGCACCGCGUCCACGAGAUGGAGAGCUGCCACGGCUACGCCAUGAUCCACCAGGUCCUCAUCAAGUCCAAGUGCAUCGUGGGAUAUCACAUGCUGAAGACCCUGCUGGAUGGCUGCUGCAGCGGGCAGAUCCUCACCCUGGGCGAGGACGGCCAGUUCCACCUGGACGCUGAGUCCUCCGCCGUGGUGCAGGACCUGAGGCUGAUGUCAGAGAUUCUGCUGGACUGGAAGGUCUGGGCCAAGGCUCAGAGUGGAGUUUGGGAGACCCUGCUGGCGGCUCUGGAGGUUCUGAUCCGGGUGCAUCACCCCCAUCAGAUGUUCAACAUCCAGCAGCUGCUCAAGGCCCAGGUGGUCCACCGCUUCCUGCUCACCUGCCAAGUGCUGCAGGAGCAGCGGGACGAGCACCUGUUUUCCAUCCCGCAGGAGGUCUGCCUCUCCUUCGUCAAGAUCAUCCAGGAGGUCCUGGGCUCCCCUCCGGACCUGGACCUCCUCCGGCUCGUCUACAGCUUCCUGCUGGCCGUGCACCCGCCCACCAACACCUAUGUGUGCCACACGCCCAGCAGCUUCUACUUCUCCCUGCACAUCGAUGGAAAGCUGUACCAGGAGAAGGUGCAGUCCCUCAUGUUCCUGAGGCACUCCAGCAGCGGGGGGAGGUCCGCGUGCAGCUCCGUGGUCUCGCUCUCGCCAACAGGCUUCGUGGAGGGGCACACCGAAGGUACCCCCCCGCUGCAGACCCCCCAGCCGGACGCAGGAGGUGUGUCCCUGCGGCCCCCGAGUUUGACCCCGUCGCCCUGCUGUUCCCCCCCGCCGCCCUCCCGCCUGACUCGCGGGGGCUCCGGCGAGGGUGCGGAGAGGGAGGCGGAGCCGGCGGGGCCGCGGCUGCAGGCCCCGGGCGCCGCGGAAACGCUGAGGCCCGGCUGUGAGGACCAGCUCCUGAGCAGCUGCGAGUCGGCCAAGACGCUGUGCGACUCGCCCCCGAGCACGCCCGCCAUCAGCGUGGAGGAGGAGCCCGAGGACGACGAGCGCGCCGACGCCGACGAGGCCCUGCGCCGGCCCGACAGCCUGAAGGGCAUCCAGUCCUUUCAGAGGAGUCACAGUAACCUGGCCAGCCUGGGCCUCGCCUUCCCCGCGCAGAACGGCUCCCUGGCCAUCGGCCGCUGGCCCAGCCUGGCCGACCGCAGCGCCCUGCCCGAGGACUGGGAGAGCCUCACCUACUCGCCCGGGUACGAGAGGGCGCGGAGCAAGGCCGACUCCACCGACAGGUCCAGUGCGGAGGACUGCCUGGUGCUGGUGUGCUGUGGCCUGUACGAGCUGAUGAGGGGGGUGCUGCUCCUCCUGCCCGACCUCCUGCUGGAGGAGGUGAUGGACAAGCUGGUCCAGCCCGAGGCGCUCAUCGUGCUCGUCAACCACUCCUCUCCGCUCAUCCAGCAGGGGGUCAUGAAGCUCCUGGACGCCUACUUCACCCGGGCCUUCAAGGAGCAAAAGGAGAAGUUCCUGAAGAACCACGGCUUCUCCCUGCUGGCAAACCAGCUGUACCUGCACCAGGGCAGCCAGGGCCUGCUGGAGUGCUUCCUGGAGAUGCUGUUCGGCCGGCCCAUGGGCCUAGAGGAGGAUCUGGACGUGGAAGACAUGGAGAGCAUCAGCCCCUUCAGGAAGCGCUGCGUCAUCCCCGUGCUGGGUCUCAUCGAGAACUCCCUGUGCGAGAACGCGCUGGUGCACAACGCCCUGUGCGCGCUGCAGCAGCUGCUCCACGCCUGCCCCAAGCUGGGAGACAUCCUGCUGGACCACGGCCUGCUCUACGUGCUCCUCAACACGCUGGCCACGCUCAACGGCCUGGAGAACGGGAUCCCCCUGGACGACUACAAGCUCCUGCUGUGUGACAUCCAGCAGCUGCUGGUGGCCGUCACCAUCCACUCCUGCAGCUCCUCGGGGUCCCAGUACUUCCGCAUCAUCGAGGACCUCAUCACCCUGCUGGGCUACCUGCAGACCAGCAAGGUCCGCCGCACACAGGAAAUGGCGGUCGCCCUGCAGUUCCGGGUCCUCCAGGCGGCCAUAGAGUUCAUCCGAACAACAGCCAAUCAGGAUCCGCAGAAAACAAGCGGCUCCGUUCACCUGCCGGCCCCUCCCCACUACGCCAUCCACCAGAAGCGCAAGAGCAUCGCUGGUCCACUGGCCGUGAGCGACUUCGCCAUUCCCGCCAUCCCGAGGCAACAUUACCGCUCAUACGCCCUGAUCCCGCUGCCCUCCCCCUUCAGCUUCCUGUCCCAGGACUCGCCCCUCCCCUCCCCCACAGGGACCCCCUCCUUUGUCUUUCCCACAGAUGCAGGCCGGCGCCGGCUCUCCCUGGCGCAGUCGGACUCCCUGCUGUCGCGGAUGCGCUCGGUGGCGAGCGACGAGCUGACGCAGAUGAUGCAGCGCCGGAUGAGCCAGGAGAACCCCAUCCGCGCCAGCGAGACCGAGUUCGUGCAGCGGCUGCAGAGGCUGGUGGUGCUGGCCGUCAACAGGCUCAUCUACCAAGAUGUGAGCCAGGAUCUUUUCGACCUCCUGAAUAUCCCGGAGUCCCCUGGGCACAAGUCGGCCCCCACCAGCCCUAGGGAGCUGGCCACCGAGGAGAACGGCACCCCACCUGCCCCCGCCAACAUUAAGGGCUUCCAGAAGGAGAUCCUCAAGCUCAUGAUGGAGGGCAUCAAGAUUGGUCUGAGCGGGUCAAGCAGGGGCGGUGCCCCCAGGCAGCAGUGGCGGCGGAUCUUGUGGUCGUGCCGGGACACGUUCAGGGCGCAGAUCGGACGCCUGCUGGUGCACUCCUUGAGUCCCGCCCGGCCCCUGGAAGACAGGAGGCAGCUUCUGGAGUUCGUCUAUGAACCCAGCCACCCUGACAUCCUGCGGGAGAGCCUCAACCCAGGCCUGGAGCACGGCCCCAAGUUGGCCCUGUACCUGCACGAGCUGCUCCACUACCACAAAGACAGCCUGACCAAGGAGGAGCAGAUGGCUGGGAGCGUCUUCAUGACCUCGCUGAAGCUGUGCGGCCACCGCUGCACCCCCCUCAACGCCCCGCCGAGGCCCGACCUCGCUAAAGCCGCCAAAGAGGAGCAGCUCAAAUACGAGGCAGAAGAGAGCACGAACAAAGCGUCCUGGGAAAAGAAAAUGGGGAACACCCAGAAGAGCCUGCUGCAGCGGCUGGAGGGGAAAUCGAAGGACAUCUCGAAGAUCGCGGCGGAUGUGACUCAGAACGUGUCGCUGCGGCAGGGCAUGGAGCGGAAGAAGGUGAUCCAGCACAUCCGCGCCAUGUACAAGGUGGACCUGAGCGCCAGCCGCCACUGGCUGGAGCUGGUGCAGCAGCUCACGCACGACCGGGCGGUUUGGUAUGACCACACCUCGUACCCCACAUCCUGGCAGCUGGACCCCACCGAGGGGCCCAACCGGGAGCGCCGGCGCCUACAGCGCUGCUACCUCACCAUCCCCAACAAGUACCUGCUCAGGGACCGGCGGAAACCAGACGAGCCGGUUAAGCCGCCGCUGUCCUUCCUCUUUGAGGACAAGACGCAUUCCUCCUUCUCCUCCACUGUGAAAGACAAGGCGACCAGUGAACCCAUCAGGUUCACCCGGAGGUGUAUCAGCGUGGCCCCCUCCAGAGAGACUGCGGGAGAGCUGCUGUUGGGGAAGUCAGGGAUGUAUUUCGUCGAAGAUAAUGCAUCUGAUGCCAACGACAGUCAGAGCCCUCACGGGGAGACGGAGCCAGCCUCAUUCUCCUGGACCUACGAGGAGAUCAAGGAGGUCCACAAGCGCUGGUGGCAGCUGAGGGACAACGCCAUGGAGAUUUUCCUCACCAACGGGAGGACGCUGCUGCUAGCCUUCGACAACACUAAGUUCCGUGACGACGUCUACCACAACGUCCUGACCUCCGACCUGCCCAACCUGCUGGAGUACGGGAACAUCACGGCGCUGACGCACCUGUGGGGCUCUGGCCAGAUCUCCAACUUCGAGUACCUCACCCACCUCAACAAGCACGCCGGGCGCUCCUUCAACGACCUCAUGCAGUACCCCGUCUUCCCCUUCAUCCUGAGCGACUACACCAGCGAGACGCUGGACCUGAACGACGCCUCCAUCUACAGGAACCUCAGCAAACCCAUAGCGGUCCAGUCCAAGGAGAAGGAAGACCGCUAUGUGGACAACUAUAAGUACCUGGAGGAGGAGUUCCGGAAGGGGGUGCGCGAGGACGACCCCAUGCCCCCCGUCCAGCCCUACCACUACGGCUCCCACUACUCCAACAGCGGCACCGUGCUGCACUUCCUGGUCCGGAUGCCCCCCUUCACCAAGAUGUUCCUGGCCUACCAAGACCAGAGCUUUGAUAUCCCGGACCGGACGUUCCACUCCAUGAACACCACGUGGCGGCUCUCCUCCUACGAGUCCAUGACGGACGUCAAAGAGCUCAUCCCAGAGUUCUUCUACCUGCCAGAGUUCCUAGUUAACAGAGAAGGCUUUGACUUCGGAGUGCGUCAGAACAGCGAGCGGGUCAACCACGUCAACCUGCCGCCCUGGGCCCGCAACGACCCCCGCCUCUUCAUCCUGAUCCACCGGCAGGCGCUGGAGUCCGACCAGGUGUCGCAGACGCUGUGCCAGUGGAUCGACUUGGUCUUCGGCCUUAAGCAGAAGGGCAGAGCUGCCGUGCAGGCCAUCAACGUCUUCCACCCGGCGACGUACUUCGGCGUGGACGUGUCGGCAGUGGAGGACCCGGUGCAGCGCCGCGCCCUGGAGACCAUGAUCAAGACGUACGGGCAGACGCCCCGCCAGCUCUUCAGCGUGUCCCACAUCGGCCGGCCCGGCCCGAGGCUGCUCAUGGAGGGGGAGCUGCCGGCCGCCAUGGGCCUGCUGGUGCAUCUGGCCUUCCGCGAGACCCGCGAGCACGCCAAGGAGGUGGUGUACCCGAGCCCCCUGCCUUGGAUCAAGGGUCUGAAGUGGGGCGAGUAUGUGGGGUCCCCCAGCGCCCCCGACCCGGUGGUGUGCUUCAGCCAGCCCCACGGAGAGCGUUUCGGCUCCCUGCUGGCCCUGCCCACCCGCGCCGUCUGCGGCCUCUCCCGCAACUUCUGCCUCAUGAUGAUCUACAGCAAGGAGCAGGGGGUGAGGAGUAUGCACAGCACAGACAUCCAGUGGUCGGCCAUCUUGAGCUGGGGCUACGCUGACAACAUGCUGCGGCUCAAAAGCAAGCAGAGUGAACCUCCCAUCAAUUUCAUCCAGUGCUCUCAGCUUCACCAGGUGACCAGUUGUGCCUGGGUGCCUGACAGCUGCCAGCUGUUCACUGGCAGUAAGUGUGGAGUCAUCACAGCCUACAGCAACCGCUUCACCAGCAGUACACCGUCUGAGAUGGAAGUGGAGUCGCAGGUGCACCUGUACGGCCACACAGCGGAGGUGACAAGCCUGUUCGUCUGCAAACCUUACAGCAUUCUCAUCAGCGUCAGCAAGGACGGCACCUGCAUCCUUUGGGACCUCAACAGGUUAUGUUAUGUGCAGAGCCUCACCGGGCACAAGAAUCCUGUCACCUCAGUUUCCGCCAGCGAGAUGACGGGGGACAUCGCCACAGUGUGCGACUCUGUGGGUGGAGGCAGUGACCUGCGGCUGUGGACAGUCAACGGAGACCUGAUUGGUCACGUCCACUGCAGGGAGAUCAUCUGCUCGGUGGCGUUCUCCAAUCAGCCGGAAGGGGUGUCGGUCAACGUCAUCGCCGGGGGUCUGGAGAAUGGUGUGGUUAGGCUGUGGAGCACAUGGGACCUGAAGCCUGUCAGAGAGAUCACCUUCCCCAAAUCCAACAAGCCCAUCAUCAGUCUGACCUACUCGUGUGACGGGCACCACCUGUACACGGCCAACAGCGACGGCACGGUCAUCGCCUGGUGCCGCCGCGACCAGCAGCGGAUGAAGUUGCCCAUGUUCUACUCUUUCCUCAGCACCUACGCCGCUGGGUGACGGCCCUCUCUCCCGGCCCUCGCGGGCUCCCCGCGGGGCCGGCCGUCUGCACGAGCGCCGA